AUGGCGGCACUCAUGCGGAUGGACGAAGGCGGCGCGGCUCCAGCCAAGGUGACGGCCGAAAAGUCUUCCCAAAGGCGUGUCAACUGGUCUGUCUCAACAACAGAGUCGUUGAUACGCCUUUGGGAAGACACUCUUGCGGCGCUGCGGUCCAACACGCGAAAUGCGCGUAUAUACGAUGAGAUGACGCGCAGCCUCAACGCACGCCUGCCUGCCGGCGAAGUUCCAUUCACAGCAAAGCAGCUCCGCCAGAAGCUUGAGAACUUGAACAAGCAAUACCGGAAACUCAGGCGCUGCGGGACCUCAACCGGGUCCAAAGGGGUUGAGUGGCCAUUUUAUUGGCAGCUACACGCAUUUCUGGGCACACUUCCAGUCAACGACAGUGACCUUGUGGAAGAGAGCGUGGAGGUGCCAGAAGUGUAUGAGGCACCUGAUGAUGCUGAAGUGGUUGCAUCGUGGGAUGCAACCACUACGGACCAGGAAGACUCCUUCUCUACAGGAUGCCUGGAGGAGAGCCCUGCUCCCACCAAUGAGAAUUGUGGAGCAGCACAGAAUGCCGCAAGUCCCGCUGCCAGCUGCCCACCAAGCAGCAGGAAGCGAAAGCGGCCAUCAUUUGUGCUGCAAGAUUUGAUGACGAUGUUCAGCCGCGCAGAAGAUCGAGCAGCAGAAAAUGCGAAAGAGUCCCUUCAGCUGCGCAAGGAGCUUGUGGAACUCCAGAAGGAGGCCAAUGAGAUCAACAAAAAUAUGGCCGAAAUGGUGAACAGCUAUUUUGCUUCAAGGCAAAAUAAAGGUUGA